CGAACCCGAUCAAACAAACUCAGCCAAGUAUCAUCUCAUUCUGCACAAUCACACAAUUUUCUUCGUUUCACUUUCAGUUUCACGUAACUUCGCAAUCAUAUCAUAUCUCCCGAACUCUCGCCAUAACCUCAUCUUCUCCCUCCGCUCUUUCUAGCCUCGCCGCCGCACCAUCUCCGCCGGCGCCCGCCACCAAUGGCCACAAUUCCCAUCGCCUGUUCCACAAACCUCCGCCUCUUGCCCUUCCAGCCUUCCUCGCGCUCCGUCACCUCCCUUUCGCAGCGGACCGUUCAGAGAGGUGGCGCUGCGUCGAGCUUCGGGUGCUCCACCUCGCAGUUCCGCCACAGAAUCGAGUUCCGCUUCCUCCGAAGACAACCGGGGAAGUUCCCGCUGCUCUCUCUCGGCACUGACGAGGGAAACGCCGUUGGGGAAGGGAGAAAAAGAGACUUGUCUCAGCUUCUGUCCGCAUUGCUUCCCGUUGUUGUUGCUGCCACUGCCGUUGCCGCUCUCGCUCAACCUUCUACCUUCACUUGGGUAUCUAAAGAGUUAUAUGCACCUGCUCUUGGUGGGAUUAUGUUGUCUAUUGGAAUAAGACUAUCAGUAGAUGAUUUUGCUCUUGCAAUUAAGAGACCUUUGCCACUUACCGUUGGGUUAAUUGCACAAUAUAUGCUUAAGCCUGUUCUUGGGGUCUUCGUUGCGAAGGCUUUUGGUUUGUCUAGGAUGUUUUAUGCAGGUUUUGUCCUCACAGCUUGUGUUUCUGGGGCUCAGCUAUCCAACUAUGCAAACUUUUUAAGCAAAGGGGAUGUAGCCCUGGGCAUUCUUCUCACAAGCUAUACCACAGUUGCAUCAGUUGUUGUUACACCACUGUUAACUGGUCUUCUGAUUGGUUCAGUGAUGCCAGUUGAUGCAGUUGCCAUGUCAAAGUCAAUUUUGCAGGUUGUUCUUGUUCCGGUGACCCUUGGUCUUCUCCUCAAUGCAUAUGCAAAGCCAGUUGUAUCUGUUCUUCAACCUGUGAUGCCAUUUGUUGCUAUGUUUUGUACUUCGCUGUGCAUUGGCGGCCCUCUUGCUUUAAAUAGGAGUCAAAUUUUGUCAGGCGAAGGUCUCCGAUUGGUUUUUCCAGUAUUAACAUUCCAUGUCGUUGCCUUCAUUUUAGGGUAUUGGUUCUCCAAGAUUCCACCGUUGAGGCAAGAAGAACAGGUGAGCAGGACCAUUUCACUGUGCACUGGAAUGCAGAGUUCCACUCUUGCAGGCCUUCUUGCAACCCAAUUUUUGGAUAGUAGUCAGGCAGUUCCUCCUGCAUGUUCUGUCAUUGCCAUGGCUAUAAUUGGUCUCUGUCUUGCCUCUUUUUGGGGAAAUGGCUUUGUAAUUAGAAAUCUAUUACCACUUCCUCCACAAAGAACCAAUUCUGCUCUUAAAGCAUAAUUUUUUGUUUCUGAUGCAUGUCGUUGAGGUUUAUUUAUUUUUAAGCAUCAGUUGGAGGCGGGAAAUUUAAUAAAUCUGAUCAUGUGGUAGCAAUUAGCGAUGGCUAGAAGGGGAAGAUCCAUAGGAAAAAUUCGAGAGUAUAGGUUAGUCACACGAAUCAACAAGAAAGAAGUUUCAUCAGUAACACUGUAACGUUUACCUGAGAAAAAAUUACAUAUUAACGGAGGUAUAUUUGCAGAGAUA